UUUCCUUUCAACUUCAACCGAUUGUCGUUACAGUUAAGUUAUAGAGUUUCCGUUGUUGUAUAGCAACAUGGUUUGCAAUGACGUAUAUGGGUUGAUAGCUUGGUUCAUUCUAUUUAUGGUGUGUUUUACGUGGACGGUGGAAAGCCAAACUCAAAACGCAGUGACCGACCCCUGUACAGCGGCCACCACAUGCGCGGAUUGCAUUAAAAUAAACCCCAUGUGCACUUGGUGUGCAGAUAAUAAAACGACACCCGGUACACGGAGAGUAAGAUGCAAACUAUUAAUCAACAACCAGCGUGACUGUUUAACCGGUUUCAUCGAAAACCCCAAGAGUAUCAGUGCACCAACUAAAAACCUUCCGUUUUCGAACGUAACAUCUGAAGUGUUUGAAAACCCGGCUACAGCCAAUAUGACGAUAUUACAACUUAAGCCACAAGCAAUAAACGUGAAGUUACGCCCCGGCCAAAUGGAGACAGUAAACAUAACGUUUCGCAAAGUUGUCGAUUAUCCGUUAGAUCUUUAUUACGUCAUGGACCUCUCCAACUCUAUGAGUGAUGAUCUGGCAACGUUAAAGGGUCUUGGAGACAGUUUAGCUGCCGAUAUACGAAACGUAACAAAAAAUGUUCGACUUGGGUUCGGAACAUUUGUCGAUAAAGUGGUGAUGCCGUUCGCUAGUACUAUACCCGACCAAUUACGCGACCCUUGUUUAAAAAUAGCCAACGAGACUUGCGCCCCAGUGUUCGGGUUUCGACACCAACUCGGUAUCACUGCGGAUGGAGCGUUGUUCAGAGAAGCGGUCAACAGCACCCUUAUAUCGGGGAAUAUUGACUCCCCGGAAGGCGGGUUUGACGCCCUCAUGCAGAUAACCGUGUGCCAGAACAUUAUUCAAUGGCGUGACGAAGCAUUGCGUGUGAUCUUAUACACAUCAGAUGCUUCGCCACACAUUGCAUUGGACGGCAAGUUAGCUGCGAUCUUAGAAGCAAACGACAUGCGGUGUCAUUUGGAAGCGGGAGUGCAUCCCGAAUUGCCCCAGGAUGCCAUCGUUUACUCGAAGAGCAAAAACAUGGACUACCCGUCUAUUGGACAACUUAAACACGUGUUCGAUCAAUACAAAGUGCAACCUAUCUUCGCUGUCACUGAAAGUGUGUUCGAUUUAUAUACGGGGUUACCGCAAAUCAUAGAUAAUUCGUUCGUUGGGAAACUACGUAGCGAUUCAAAGAACGUCGUCCAAGUUAUUUCGGAUUCCUACAACCGAUUGAAAAGUCUGGUCCAACUGACGAGACCAACCAAGCCAAGUAACAUUGAUAUGACGUAUCGUGUGUUGUGUCCAGGCGCAACAUGGGUGGACAAUAGCUUGCAAUGCGAUAAUAUUGAAAUCGGAGACGAGAUAACAUUCCAGUUCCAACUAACAGCACAGACCUGCCCAACCAACACUGCACAAAAAGAUUCGAUUGCGAUUACUUCAAGCUCACUUAAGGAUGAAGUAGCAAUUUCCAUUGAAUAUAUCUGCGAUUGCGAAUGUUCCAAUGCACCCUUGCUCAAUCAUUCACAAUGCUCUGAUUCUGGUUCACUACAGUGUGGUGUAUGCCAAUGCAACAGUGGUACAGAUGGCUCACAAUGCCAAUGUACGGCAUCGGAAGUUGCUUUGAACAGGAAUUGCUCAAUUGAUACAGAUUGUACCGGUGGAAAUGGAUACUGCGAGUGUGGUAAAUGUAUUUGUAAUGUUGGAUUCUUCGGCCGAUUAUGUGAAUGCAGAUCAACAGGUUGUCCAGAUGACUGUGGAGGUGCUGAUAAAGGUGUUUGCAACAACUGUAACAACGAUGGCAGAUGUAUCUGUAACAGCGGGGGCGGUUACUUCUUGAACAAUAUUACAAACACGUGCAUUUGCAACCUAAAGGAUUGUGCUGAUGUUGGUGGUACAUUAUGUAAUGGCAGGGGGACAUGUGAAUGCAAUACAUGCGAAUGUACAGAUACCAGAUUAUACUCUGGAGCAACAUGCCAAACUUGCAACUUACCCGAAUGCACAGGAAUAGAUGGGACAUGUUCAGGGACAACCAUCAGAGCAUGUGUUGAAUGUAUUUAUGAUAAUCAACGACUUAAAAAGGAUAUCAACGUCGAAUGUCGAUCGUUAUGUAGCGACAAACAACUUGGAAACUGGGAGACAAAACCAACCCUUGUUGAUUGUAGUAAAUGUGCACCAGGUCAAAGUACAGGACAAUGCUCAACAUGUACAGAUAUUGACCAGCAAUACACACACAGAUGUUCUGUAACAACAGCAGCGUCAAGCUGUACCGCCAACUAUAUAAUAAUGUGGGAUAGCAGAAGGAAAAGUUAUUUUCUUGGAGUGCAAAACUAUAACUAUGCAACAGAUUGCCCCCAGCCAAUAAAUCCUUGGCUGAUUGUUGGGCCCGUAGUUGGUGGGAUUGUAUUGAUCGGCCUCAUUAUCCUCAUUGUGUGGAAGAUAUUCCAAACUAUCAAAGAUAAAGUUGAAUAUGAGCAGUUUCUUGAAGAUUCCAAGAACAAAACAUGGUCAAAGGGCAACAACCCUUUGUAUUCCAAAGCAUCUGUGCGUGUUGUCAACCCCGCAUUUGAAGCAAACAACUGAAGUACCAACAAUAUUUAUUUCAAAAAAAACUUCAAUUUAUUACAGUGUGAUACUUUGUACAUAUAAUUGUUAUUUGUAUUGUUUCUAUUAUUAUGUUGAUAAAUAAAUAAACUGAGUACAGUUUUGCUGA